AUGAAGCUGGAAGCUGGCUGUGGUGUAGCCACCUCAGAGCCCAAAAAAGAGGCUGAGCCAGAUGCAGAACCACUCUCAGAAAACCUGUCACAGGAGGCCAGGGCUAAGUCCAAGUCUGGAUCAGGGCCUGAGGCAGAGGCUGAGCAGUUGGACUUCAUGGUAGCCACAGAAUGGGAGUUUGAGGAGGUGCUGGCCAUCUCUGGGGGCAUCUACGGUGGCCUCCACUAUCUUCCCAGCUGCUAUCACAGCUGGCUCCGGGAUCCCAACCGCACCCUGGUGUUGGCCAAGCGCAAUGGAGGAGUGAUCGCGCUGCAGUCGGUGCACGUGAUCGACGCCGGGAAGACGGCGCUGGUGGAGGGGCUGCGCGUGGCACCUUGGGAACAAAGCAAGGGCGUGGCCGGGCUGCUGCAGUGCUUCUGCUCGCAGCUGGUCAAGCAACAGCACCCGGGGGUCGAGGUGGCCGACCAGCUGGGCCCCCGGGAACUGAAGAAAUACCGCCUAAUCACCAAGCAGGGCAUCCUUUUGGUCCGAUUCAACAACGCGUCGGCGCUGCUGGCAGGGCUGGGCACCAGGCUGGCGGCGCUGCGGGACUCUGGCAUUUUCUCACCGCUGCCCACCGAGGCCCUGUCAGAAGCAGGCGGCGACGGGGCAAGCCUCCUGCUGUCGCCCUCGGUGCAGCGCGACGUGCUCCCGGGCGGGACCAUCAUCCAGGACUGGCAGCCCUACCAGCCGAGCGAGAGCAACCUGCGCCUGCUGGCAUCCAAGGCCUUGAAGUGGCGAGUGGACAGCCGCACGCGCCCGCGCGUGAUCACGCUGUGCACACGCUCCUUCCCUAUCCCUCAUGGUGGCGACGGCACGUGGUGCUAUCUCAACAUCGAUGCCUUCGGCUGCGACUGCGCUCAGGUGCAGAGCCAGCUUCUGUGGCACCUGCAGCGCCAGGCGCCGCGCCUCGCAGGCCUCAACGUCAUGUGUCAGCUCUUCCCGGCGCCGCAAUUGUGGUCACAGCUGGCUUAUUUUUGCCAGGCCGGCUUGGGGCUCGAGCUGGUCAAGGAUUAUACUGAGCAGUACCUGCUGGAGGCCGACAUCUGA